GAAACAUCAAAAGUCCGCCAUUUUCAAAUAUUCAAAGAGUUUCGAAGCUGCGUUUUAAAGUGUUCCGCGUGUAAUUUUCAAAUAAAAUAAAAAUGGAUAUCGUACUAUCUAAUCUACAAGAAGACGACGUGGAGUUGAAUGAUUUGGCUAUUGAUGCCAUUGCUUGCUUUUUUUGUGGUGAAAAGUAAGCGGCUAUGUAGAAGAACUUGGGCGUCAUGUAUCAUGGCACAUCCGCAACAAUGAUUUCACCCCAGAUUCUAUCUAUUACGAUUGUACUUAUCCCAUGUGUACCAUGCGAUACCAUCAUUUCACUUCUUUAAAACGACGUAUAACUGAGAAACACAAAAGAUCAAUAAGUACAAAAACUCUUUCUGCCGACGUUUCGACACAACAUUUUUAUGAAAUGCCAGUAUAUCAGGCUGAAGAAAUUCAUGACGAUGAAUUUGAAGACGACGAUAAUAAAACGAUAGAAGAAAUAAUGCAAAUUAUUUCAGUCAGCAUAUGUCGUCUUGCUGCUGAUUCUGGACUUCCUCGGUGUAAAAUUAUGGAAGCUAUCAAUAUUUGCGAAAACGUCGUUAAUCACCUAACCACUUAUUUAGAGAAGUGUACUGUCUCGUUUCUUCAAUGUAACAAUGUCGAUUUGCGUAAUUCAACUACUUUGAGUUUCAUUAAUAAAUUUCGUUGUUUAAAUUUAUUCAAAAAUAUCAAAUCAAAAAUGUCGCAGCAGAAGUUUCUAAAAUCAUUAGUAGGAAAUUUACCACGACCAGUUGAAAAAUGUGUAGGAAGUCGAACUGUGGUGCGCCAUUCCAAUGGGAUCUCGAAGGCUGUUACAGUAAAUGACACCUUUGUAUACAUUCCUAUUAUAGAAACUCUGAAAAUGAUAUUCAGAAACCCUAAGACUCGCAACAUUCUGAGCGAGAAUCAUGACACAGAAACCACAUGCAUAAAAGAAUAUGGUUCAUUCGAAUCGGGAGAGACUUUCGGAUCGUGUAUCUUUUUCAAACAGCACCCGAAUGCAAUCCGUUUAUCAAUAUACGAGGAUGACGUGGAAUUAGGGAAUGCAUUCAGCUCAAGAGCUGGAAAAAACAAAAUUUCCAAUUUUUGCUUUAAAAUCCAAAAUUUUCCAGAUAAAUGGAAUAGUACACCGAAAUCUAUUUUCCCGGUAAUUUAUGCACUGUCCAGCACAACAAAAAAGCAUGGAUUUAACAAAAUUAUGGAACCUUCAAUCGCAGAUUUGAAACAGCUGCAAACAGGCGUUGAUGUUUUUUACGGAAAUGAAAAAUUUCAACUGAGAGCUACAGUGACCAUAUUUUGUGGAGAUACGCUAGCGGCACACGAUAUAUUCGGAUUGCUAGGACCAAGUGCUACAUAUUUUUGUAGAAUUUGUACAAUUGAUCGACCCUCAUUUCAAAAAACUCCCACGACGAAGUUCCCACAUCGUACAAUUGAAUGGUAUGAUGCGAAUCUAUAUGCUGUACAAAAUGCUCUUAUUAAACCUGCUGAAUGUGGCCUGAAAUCAACUGGUAGUAUUUUAAACGAACUCGCAAACUUCCACGUUACAACCAAUUGGGCAUUGGAUGUCAUGCAUGAUCUUGGCGAAGGAAUAAUCCCACUGACUCUGCAAUUGGUGUUAGGCCGUUAUGUGAAGCAAAAAGUAGCUGGCUUAACUAAGGAUUAUAUAAAUCAUCGCAUUAGUACGUUUAAUUAUGGCUACGUAGAACGAAAAAAUCGCCCAUCAGCCAAUAUCACAAAUGAUAUGCUUUUUAAACCCAACCAGCACAAAAUGAGGCAAACGGCAGCUCAGUAUUUUUUAUUCCUCAGAGCCUUUCCUUUUUUAUUUGGCCAUAAAGUUUCAUCGGAAUGUGAACUAAUGCAAAUGAUCGGCCAUUUAAUUAAUAUUAGCAGAAUUUUGUUAUCUCCAACAGUAUCCGAAGACAUGUUAAUAUGGUAA